UGCUCAGCAUCGAGAGCAAGCAUGAGGUCACCAUCCUCAGUGGACUCAACGAAUUUGUGGUCAAGUUCUACGGCCCACAAGGAAGUAAGUAGCCUUGAGCCAGAACGGCUCAUAGGGCAGGAGCCUAUCUCCUGUUUUUGUAGCGGGAGGCAGCUUGAUGUACAUGUACACCCCUGGACAGACGUAUUAUCGCAGGCAGCCCCAAGUGAGUGCCAAGCAGAGAUGCCAGGUCCCAUUUUGUUUUGGUAUGCCGGCCAGGAUUGAACUCUAACCACAAGGCCACUGAGUAGUAGGAAGAAAGGUUUCAUAAACUACGCCAGGGCUGGCCACCCUCAUGCCUGGUUCCUUCUAGGUUUCUUCUAGGUUUUCGCCUUUUAGGGUUUUUGCACGGCUUCUAGACCGGCAUUCAGUGAGUUAGUAAGGAAGUAAGUGUUUUCAUAAACAUCCUCACUGGCUAAUUGUGUCUAUGCAAAGAUCUGUAUGGCAUUGUCUGCUAUGGUGUGGAGGCAAUCUUCCUCCCAGUGUGUGAACAUGCGGUUGUGUGUGCAGGUGUGUGUGUUUCAAAUCAAAUGUUGUUUUUUAGCACCGUAUGAAGGAGGUGUAUGGAAGGUACGAGUAGACCUACCGGACAAAUACCCCUUCAAGUCUCCAUCGAUAGGUACAGUAUGACAAUGCAUCUGUCACAACACUCUCUAUGUAAUAUACAAUUAUAACAAUUUGGUGAAAGCAUUGUGGAAAUGACAGUAACACCUUUUCAAGCCACAGAUUUUCUAUGAAGACUAACUGUGUUAUUGUUCUCCUCACAGGAUUCAUGAAUAAAAUCUUUCAUCCCAACAUUGAUGAAGCGU